UCAAUUGUGGUCAAACGGAGGUCAAAGCAUGGCGCGAACCAAUGACGCCAUUGCCGGACAUGACGUAUUGAAACGGCGACACAUUUCCGUAUAUUGAAAAGAAAGCUCGAAUCGCCGUACCAUAAUGAAUUCUCGAGGGGUCCAAUCUCAAAUGAAAGACAGUGUAGCUGUGGAAGGCUUGCGUUCAAAGGGGGAUUAUGGAGUACAUGAUACCCUGCGCAGUGGCUUCACCAGUGUAAAGAAUGACAUCAUUCCUGCUCACCCACUGGAGCUGGCAGAAAAAAAUUUUGAGCUGAACCAGGACAAGAUGAAUUUCUCCACCCUCAGGAACAUCCAGGGUCUUCAUGCCCCUCUCAAAUUGCAGAUGGAGUACAGAGCAGCCAGACAGAUCCAGCGCCUGCCAUUCUUACAGAGCUCUAACAUCGCACUGGACACACUCAGAGGAACUGAUGAAAACAUCGGCUUUGAGGACAUCCUCAACGAUCCAACACAGAGUGAAAUAAUGGGUGAGCCACACGUGAUGGUGGAAUGCAAGCUGGGAUUGUUUUAGAAUAUGAUAGAUAUGUAGGUUCUAAUUUGUUUGCUUAUUUGCCUGCAUCUGGUGAAACUGAAAUGACAUCUUUUCUAUGAUUCCAAACUGGUUGGCAACUGUAAUAAACGUCUCUAAAAAUGUU